UGAAGUAAAGGAUCGGUUGGAUAGUCAGUUAUACGAGGGUAUGUUUGGCAGCAUGAGUGAAGGAUGCUUUGUUGCAAAAUAGUCAUAAUCUUUAUGUCAGGAAGAGAAGGAAGAACAGAUGGAAACUGACCUCAGUUUGCCCUACAUCUACCAAUAUUUAUGUUCAGUUUUAACACCAACAGUUACAGUUGUCAUACUACCCUCUCCAUACGCCCUAGUUACGUUAGUACAAAACCAACAUAGGCCUACCAAAAUAAAUACACAGCCUCUCUCUCCUAUCCCUUCCAGGCAAACCCCUCCCUAUGAAAAACAGAUAUCCCCCUACAUCCCGACCCACUGCCUGAUUCUAUCCCCUGACCGAUUCCCUCUUUUGUUUCCAGAACAGCAGACAGAAAUAGAAUCUUCUCCACCAUGCAAUGCCAUAAAUCGCUGCUGCCUGCCUGCCUACCGGUCCAUCCUGGCCAGCAGCUGCGGCUCCUUCCCUCCCUCCCUCCCUGCCUCCCUCCCUCUGUUUCUCCUCAGUGUUAAUGGACCCUAGUCUUCAGCCAAGCUGCGUUUGGAGAGAGAGGGAGAAGGCUGCUGUCGGAUGGUAUUUGAUGGUGACCCUUGUCUGUUUAAUUGUUUCUAGAUAAAUCUCCAUUUGACUGGUUGGAUGUAUGUAUGACACUCAUUCUCUCUUCAUGCUAAUUGUUUUGAUGACCUCAGAGAGGGUAUCUCUUCCUAUUGGUUUCUCUCUCCAUAUCUGCUCUCUGUCUAUCUGUCUCUCUCUGUCUAUCGGUCUCUCUCUCUCUGUAUUUCUCUGUCUAUCUCUAUCUCUCUGUCUAUCUCUCUCUAAUUUAUAAUUGUCUCUUUCCAUGUCCUUCAAUUCUCUGACACUCUCCCUCCCUCUUUCAUCUUUACUCUCUCCCUCUCUUUUAUUACACCAAGAGUCCCUUGUUUGCUUUCCAGUCUCGUUAGGAGAAAUUGGAAUGUACAAAAAUCACAUAAAAGAUACCAACAACAACUGCAAUAAAAGCCUUCUCCCUGACCAUAAGGAGAAGCUGAUCCAGGCUAUUAAAAGAAUAAAGCAUGAGGUAGACGAGUGCUGGGAGGCAGAGAGAGAGACGUACAUAUGGUCUGUUGGUGUAGAGAGAUGCUUUGAUAAUCUGGAACGGGAGGUCCGAGCUGAGUUCCAGAACCUCCAUCGCUUCCUGGACGAAGAGGAGACCAUGGACAUGGAGCGACUGAAGAAGGAGAAAGAGAAGAGGGUGAAGCUGCUUAGGGAGAGGGAGAAGAAGAUCGCCAUGCAGGGAAGAGAUCUGGAGAGAGGCAUUGCCACGCUAAACAACAAACUGGCCGAGGAGGAUAGUCCCAAACUGCUCAAAGAGAUUCAAGACCUCUUGAAAAGAUCCCAGGUGGCUUUCAUACCGCCUCCGCAGGUGGAUGUGGAGGUGCGAUCAGCACACUUUGUGGGGCCCAUCCAGUACAGGAUAUGGAAACACAUGAAGAGCUGCCUGUACCCAAAUAUCACUGAAGUGACCUUUGACCCAGAGACAGCCCACCCCCUCCUCACACUCUCCCCCAGCUGCACUUCUGUGUGGUUUGAGGAGGACAAAGUUAUCCCCAAGGCAUCGGAGGAGGACCAGCCCCCCAACCCCCGCUGCUUCCACUACUACUACAGUGUCAUGGGCCGAGAAGGUUUCAUCACUGGACGCCAUUACUGGGAGGUGGAGGUGGGCCGCAAGACAGCGUGGCGGCUGGGUGUGGCCAGGGAGGACGUCCACCGGGGGGAGAUGGACUCCAGCGGGACCAGUAACGGUCUCUGGACCCUAUCCCUGAAGGGAGGGGCCAUCUUGGCCUGUACAGACCCCAAACCCACCAAGGUCCCGGUGUCCAUCAAGCCCGUCCGGAUCGGAGUGUUCUUAGACUGUGAGAAGGAAGAAGUAGCGUUCUAUAACGCUGUUACCAUGACUCCGCUGUACACAUUCUCCAUGGAAACUGUGUUCGUUCCGCUGAUCCCCUUCUAUAACCCAUGUGACACGGACGAUGGGAGGAACCUGGGUCCCCUAAACCUCUUCAGCCCCUCUAUAUGAGAGUACAGAGAACCAAGGUUGUACUGGAGUAUAUGUCGUUUGGGGAUGUGGUGGAGUGAUAGAUAGAAUUUGGAAAUGGUUUGUUUUAUACAGUGUGUGUUUCAGGUAUAAUUUCAUAGCUGGCUGGAAGCAUGAUGUAAAUUGUAUCUGUUAAAAAUCCAAUAAGUUUAUGAUAUGCAUUUACAUUUACCAGGGGAGUCUGGUGUAAGGAGCUAUAGGAGGACGGGCUAAUUGCAAUGGAAUGGAAUCAAUGGAAAGGAGUCAACGAGGUUUCCAUAUGUUUGAUGUGUUUGAUACUGUUCAAUUUAUUCCAUUCCACCCAAUACAAUGACCCUGUCCUCCCACAAGCCUCCACUGACAUGUACCUACCUACCCAGUUCUAUGGUAUAGCACUAUCAAUUCAUGUUUAUGCCAUUGCGUUCAGGUGUUUGCUUUGUGGUUUGAAUAUUGACAUUUUAUUGGCAUUAAACACACAAAUAAAUAGAUAAACAAAUAAACA